CACAGGUCAUUAACAGACAGUUCGUGUUGCUAUUGGUAUAAAUGCUGUCUGUUUAUGGGACUCUGAUUGGACGGUCUGCAGGCCUCAUGUAUAUCCCUGAGCAAGGUGCUUAUCCUUAACUGCUCCACUAGAUUGCGUGAUCUGUGAUGGUGUUUAAUUUCUUCCAUCAGCUGUUGUGAUUUGUUUAAUUAUAUUGGUGCAGACAUUCUAAUAUUACAUUAUAUCAUUAUAACGGUGUUGAGUAGUCACAAAAUAGAAACCAGUCUGCUUUCAGGGCUGACAUGCUAUCAUACAAUUAUUAUGCAUUCUUUUUCACUCUUGUUGGGCUGUAAUUUGACUCCUAGUUACAGUUCGGUGAUGUGAUGAUGAAUACCAUGAGAUGAUGCAAAUGUGACUAAUAGAUUUAUUUUGCCAGACUGUUUGUACGAAUGUUGAAAUCCUUUCAUCUUUGGUUGUAUUAGACCUUGCAAGCAAUGUUGCAAAUCAAUCAAUGAAUAGGACUGAGUUUUUCAUUAAUAUGAUGACAUAUGUUGAUGUUUGAAGUACUUAAUUUAGUGGAUCAGCCAAAAUGAGAUAUUCCUCUAUAAAUAAAUAAAAAUAGCACUCUAUAGUUAUUUUACUUCUAAACAGUUCCUAGUUUGAAUUUCCAGAAACUUUGAACUAGUCUUGGGCAGUGGCUAUGUUUUAAAUGCAUAAAGUUUUCCAGAUUCUGGCUCAUUUUCUACAAUAUUUAUUAUCUGUGCAUAACAAGGUCCUGCAUAUCUCUAUAAUCCUGUGUUCAUGAAUAAACAGAACUCCUGCAUGACUGUGUUCCUAAACUAAUGAUAUAGAAUUAAGUUUGUUGCAGCUACAUAGGGAAAAUGCUGGAUCCAAAACUUUUGCCCAGUAGUCCAAUUGUUUGCAUGACCAUCCAUCUGCUUUCUAAGCAAAAGUUUUAACAUUUUAAUGAUAGAUGCAGUUAAAUUUUCUCUCUAGCAGGAAGUCUUGGAAAAGGAUAAACUGUGUGUGUGCAUGUAAACACAGCAAGCAAACAGUAGAGCUAGAAAAGUAGAGGUGAAGAAAGAGAGAAACAGAGUAGAGGAGGAUUGGUGAUACAUUCCCCAGUAGGCUCAUAGUGUUCUGGUGGUUAAUCAUUUUGUACCUCUUAGAGUACAAACACUCACACACACACACACACACACACUCUACUGCUCCCCUCGCAGACAUACCGUGAGGGUGGCUGUUUUCUAUUGUAUCGCCAUGGAAACGUUAAAACAUUUCAAUCUGUUAGGCAUGAGCAAACUAAACUAUGACUCAUUUUAACCCCUCCCAGUACGCCAGUAAGUGCAUACAGUAUGGAUCCCCCCCACCUCACACACACACACACACACACACACACACACACACACACACACUCACAAAACUAGAGAAAACCUCAUCAUACACAGAAAUUAUGAAUCAUCUCACAUUCACGUACAGUAACUAUCCAACUAUACAUUUCUAGGGAAAAACAGUUCACUUUUUUGUAAAGGGAGACAAUCAGAAUCUGAUUUUAAUUUUACACAAUAUUUAGUGUAUUAAACAGAUUCACUCCAGAUGUAAGAACUCAGAUUAUUAUCUUAUGUUUGCAGAUGAGAUAUAUCAAGAGGCCGCUGACUGUCACUGACAGUAAAUUACUUACUUGAGGGAUGAAGGCCAUUAAAGUUGCAGCAUAUGAGUACCUCAUGUUGUAUGACUUUUUUUUUUAAAUCCCUGACUGACAGUGAUAUCUGUAGGUCCUGUGCCAGAAUUAGCCCAGGAAUCCCAACAGACAGGUAAUUUGUCUGCCUCAUCAUAGGUGCUAAAUGGAGACAGAGUCCUGGAGCUCACUCACUACAGAUGAAGCGGACCUCAUGCAUAAUGACAGUGCAGGAGUUAGAUAACACAUCAUAGGGCAAAGAAGGCACAUAUGAUUUUAUUCUGACAUACACUAUGGCGUGGAUUACAUUCAUUAAUUUGGUUGAGAAUUAAUGCCUAGCAAUCAAGAAGAAUAACUGGCAGUGGUUGAAAGGAUAGUGAAGCACUGUGAAUGAGGUAUUUAUUGAUUUCAAUCCCUAGACCAGCAGGAAACUGAUGUGAGUGUGCAACAUUCUUAUUUCCUCAAACAGCUGCUAAGCCAGGUGCUUUGUAAGAUUUUUAUUGUUUCUGGCUGUAGCUAUGAAAGCUAAAAGCCAAAGAUUUUGAGCUAGAAAAGUAAAACAAAACAUUAUUAUUAUACCUGUAUUUUGCUUGGGGAUAUGUUACCUUUUCAGCAAUAUUUCUGCCAGAUCUCUGCUCUAAUUAACAAGCUUACUCCUGUGAUAAUGGUUAUGUGUGUCAAUCACAGGCUACUGUUAACAGAAGUGUGUGUUCUCAGUUGUUGCUAAAACAGGUCCCUAACAGUCAAAUGUCUGAUCAUUUAAUGCUCCUUUAACUUCUGACCAAUGCGUUCAUCCAGGUGACUGUGAAGCAGGGCAUUGUUUAAGAGCAUGCUUGUUCUGUCUACUUUCCUUUGGUUUAGAUAUUACAGUAUUACAAGGAAAUAUUGUGCUUCUAGUUUAGCUUGUAACAAACCAUCAAUUGAAUGAAGGCUCGUGUUGCUAUUGACAAAUUGUAUCACAAACUGUAGCACAGGUGUGUCUGAGGCAGUUCCCCCAAGGCUGCAAUACCUCCUCCCCCUAAUUCCCCCUCCUUACCCCAGUGGGUCUUCUCCACAUUGAAACCAGAUGAGCCAGUCUCAAGAUAUGCACUCCACCCACCCACCCACCCACUUCUGACAAGUGUCUCCCCCCACCCACGCACCCACACAUAUUCAGUGAUGUCAGCUUGUCUCGUCCCCACCGCAGCGCUAUUUGAAACUCACCUCAGAGAUUUGAGUGACAGAGCUUUGCACGUUGAGUACAACUGGACAAGACUUAAAGGUAACUGGCCCCUUUGUGACUCAGCCCACCUGUCUGUCUUAUUGUGUGUGUGUGUGUGUCACGUUUAACAAGGGGUAUCAGAUUUCCAAGUGGCUGCACAGUGACAGGAAAGAGACACUCCCUCUUAUCUGCAGAACAGAGCUAAACCUCUUCACCUUUACCAAGACAACCUUCCAUCACAGGACCACUCAAUAUUAUUUCUCAGGGAACUCUGUCAUCAGAUUUCCGACUUAAUAUCUUUUUUCCUCUGUCUGUGAAAGCUACUUUGGCGAGUUAAGAUUCUUGCUGGAAUGUUAUUUAUGGAUACACUGGUCCAAGGUGUGUAUAUUUUUGUCUUAGCUUCCAUGAUGCAUCAUCACCCUGGGGUUUCCGACCCGAGGGAGACUGGGAUGACUGCACCUGAUCCCCGCAAAGGAGGCUAGGAGAGAAGAGAAAAGGAAAGCUGAACAAAAAAGGUGGAUGAAGAUGUACUGACUGCUAGAAAAAGAAGUAACUAGCAAUGACCUGUGCAGCUGUAGUGAGUCUACACUGAAGCUAAAUUGCUAAAUUCCAGCUGUUUGGAACGUGAGGACAAGCGACUGGAGCUGGAAUGGUGUGGCUAACUUCUAACAGCACUGUGAGAGGUGGGAGGAGAGGCUGGCCUUCCUACAGAGGGAGGGACUGACUGUUCAGAGAGCGUGAUGGAGCUUCAUUCACACUGCUAAACACACACACAUACACACACACACACACUCCGCAAGGCUGUUCUCAGGCUGAGAGAAAAGAGGGAGCUGAGGAAGGGAGACAUGCACGCUGAGCUUUCAUUCUCAGCCUAUUUUUCUGUCUUUCCAUGUUGCCCUCUCUUUCUCCCUCUCUCUGUCUCUCUCUCUCUCUCAUCCUGCUGAUCUCAUUGUUGUCCCAGGUGGUGACAGACAGGAAAAACAGAGACGCUGAGCGAGGCCUAAGAGGGACAGAGGGGUUUGUCGAACCCUGGGAAGCAGGGAGGUUUCACGUUCUGUAACCCAUUCUCGACAUAACACAACACUCCGGGUGGAGGUACCGGGCCUUAGCUCCCAGGACCAACCUCCAUGAUGUCCCGGAGGAGGUCUACAGGCGAUCUGGUGCCCAGGGACAUCACUGAGAUCUUAGCCCGGGAGGCGAGGGCUCAGCGUGGGCAAAGGAAGCCGGGAAGCUCCCUGGGACAGGCCUUCAGCUGGUUAAAGGGCAGCCGGAAGAAGAAGAGCAUUGGUAAUGGACUGAACCGAACUGGUACCGGUGUGACAGAUGCCAAACUGGGACAUCAGAACCUUGACCCUGCAAAAGCUGGUCCCAAAGGGAAUGAGGACCAGAAGAGGUUGACGGUACACUACACCGUCUCACAGCACUACCAGGAGAAUGUUUUCAUAGAGGGCAGCAGGCCUCAGUACCUGGAGGACCUGCACACUGAGGCUCAGGAGGGACUCAAGAUACUACAGCAGGAAGAACACAAGAAUGGAGUGAACUUCCUUGACAAUGAGAGCAUUGCUUCCACAGACACUCUGCGUCCAGAGCAGGAUAUCAGCUCCAAGGACGAAGGUGGCUCUCCGGAGUCGAGAUCCACCGCCGAGAAUAUUGAUAGCACAGUAACCUCUGCUGUGUCAACUAGGCCUGUGCUCACCCGCCAAGGUUCUACAUUCAAGCCUCUGAAUCCAGUGAAAAGGCUAGAUAAGACCAGGAAAAGGAGCAGGAGAACCACCAUCAUGGGUAUUCCCAACCAGGUCCAGAAAGAGCUUGCAUUGCACAGAAGCUCCACCUUCCAGCAGCUUGUUUCUACCCAGCUCCCUAAUCACAACGGACAGGUCACUGACAGCCAAUCAGGUGUUGUUAUCAUUCCUACGGUUGACGGAGAGACUCCGGUAACGAAUAAGGAGGGUGCGAGAGUACACCUUUCAGAGCUGGAGGCAUCCGGAGAUGAGCAGCGGCUGAGGAAGCACCUCCAGGCAGUCUUCCAGGAUGAGCAGCUCUUCAACCACCAGGGCUUUGGCUCCCAUCUCGGCCCCUCUUCCGUCCUGAGACCCAAGUCUGUUGCUGUACCUGGCAUGACCACUUCCUCCUCCUUCUCUCCUUCUAUGUUUAGCUUCCUCCAGGAACCCCAGGGCCCAGUGAUGUCCAUCUCUCCUCAGGCCACCUACCUGUCAACAAUCAUCCCUAAUGCAGUGUUGCCAGCCUCGAUUGAUGUCAUCGAGAUUGACCGCAGCAGCAGCCGGACGCGUGGUAACAGUGUCAACCAUGGCGGGAGUGUUCGCACAAUAAGCAAGAGCAGCCUGGCAUCCUUGGACUCAUCAGUCAGCCCUCUGUUGUCAAAAAGAUCAGAUGGUGACGGUUCCCAGACUGACAAUUCCCACAGCAACUCCACACCAAUGCCCACAUCAGCUUCGGGGUCAAACUGGAGCGAGUCAUCCAAGACGAUUAUUUCAAACUCUUCCCCCAUCUCCUCCAAAAGUAGUACACGCAGCUAUAACUCACAGAGAGUGGGUCUCAAUGGGCAGGAAAGCCAGGCUGAACAGUCUGGUGGAGACCAAGACCUUGUCAGUCUCCGCAGCUCAGUUAGCAUGAUUAGCUGCCCCAGCAGUAAAAAUGAAAAUAUAAUUACGGGAGAAGAAGUGGAGUCUGGUGCGUCAGGGUCAGCAGCUGCUGGGGAGGAUGCAAAGAACAAACGGAAUUGCACGCGUAGUCUUUCGGUUAUGAAGACUAAGCAACCCCCGGCACCUCCACAAAGAACAAACUCUCUGCAUAGUAAUAAGAUUAGGAGCAACUUAAAGGUUCUGGUGGACAGCAAAGAUCUCAACGGUUCUGCAUCUGGAGAGGUAGCAACUGCUACAGGAAAUAUUGUAGCAAAGGAUGAGAUCAAAUCUGUAACUGCAGAUACCAGUAAGAUCCCAACCCUUGUAUCGAACUCUACUGGCACUAGCUCUCCAGGUGCCUCCACCAGUGAGGCUGGAGGAGCAAGAGAGCCUCAGCCAGAAUCCAGCACCUCCUCCCCACAGAAAACUCCCUCAGAAGGUGGGAAAUUUGAACGGACCAUGUCCCCUUCCAGUGGCUACUCAAGUCAGAGUGGCACUCCGACACUUUCCCCAAAAGGGAUCUCCCCAACCUCCCCAGACAAACAGAAGAAGAAACCCGUUAAGCCAGAGAGAUCUAUGUCUCGAGCCUCAUCCUCAGCAGCUUCUCCUUCCUCCUCACUUACUUCUCUUUCGUCUGGUACAUCUGAGCCUGUAAAUCCAGAUGUUUCCACAUGUAGCCCUAGUCUGCCUCCCCAGGGAUCUCCGCCCACUGUUGCUGCAAAAGAACUCACACCAAAUAACAAGUCUUCAGCUUUGGGAGUGGAAGUCAGAGAGCUGUUGAACAUCCCACCACCUCCCAAGGUCAAAGCACCAUGUCCUCCUCCUCCAGAGACAUGGGUUCACAACAGACGCACCUUUGAGCUCCUGUGUGGGCCCUGCCCUAAUGUUAGCAAAGUAACCCAGAAACCAGCACAGGUACAGGACAGCACAGUUAAACAAGCAGGCACUCAGACUGAAGCCAGCAAGGAGUUGCAGGUUUUAGUUGAAAAACAGACAACUACAGAAAAAGUUGUGUCAGAAUUGUCAGAAAGCAAAGCAAAGACUGAGACAUUGUUAGCAACACUUCCUGAGGGUGUCCCUAAGGAUCUAGAGGGUAGGGAAUGUCCAGGUACAAAACAAGAGACGCUGUUAAUCCAGGACAGGGUGGAAGCAAGUGCAGAUGUUCAGAGACAAGAGCAGACUAGUAGUCCUGUUGUGAUGGAAAAAGAGAGUCAAGAGACAACUCCAAAGAAAGAUCCCCCUCCUGUCAUGAAGAAACCCCUGACAGUACUGCACAGAGAAGAAUUAGUGUCGACAGAGCAGUCAGUUGAGAGACAGCAAAAGGAAAUGUGUAGCAGUGCCACGAUAGAAGUUAAUUUACCAGUUGAGAACCCUACAACCUCUUCACAGAAUGGUGUUACGGUUGUAGUUGAUAAGUGCGAGGGUGAGGUAGACAUAAGUGAAGCCCCAUCCAUGCAGACACUUUCUGUAGAUGUCCCUAAAAUGAAUAAGGCCUCGCCACCACCUACCCCUCCACCUGCCUACCAACCUACGCCUCCUCUUUCAAGAAGGACACCUCCCUCAUCAGUAUCUGUGCCACCUGAUGAAUUACAGAGGGUACAGGAGGAGGAGAUCCACGUCGUAGAGUCUUGCUGGCCACCUCCUCCGCCUCCUUUAGAAGGGGACUCAGUCUUUGAUGGGGGGGAUGAGAUAGACUUUCCUCCUCCUCCUCCACCCUUCAUGGCCGAUAGUGUGCCAGAUGUGAUGUUGAACAGUUGUACCACAGAAAUGGCUGUUCCAAACAGACCGACUGUGGCACUACAGGAAGUUGAAGAGGCAAUUAAGGACUCAAGUGAAGCUGAGACACCCUUACAUGGACAAAAUUCAGACUUGCCCUCUUCUGUUACACAAACAGUAGUACAUGAUAACAAACCGGAAGUUGUCAUGCACGUUUCAAAAGCUAAUACUGAUGGGAGUUCUUGCACACCAGUGCAGAAUGUUUCUUCUGUUUCAGACAAUGUCCUACCUCCACCAAUGGAAGGGCCUCCUUUACCACCUAUGACUAGAGAAGAUAACCCAUCAUCAGUCUCUGCUUUAGCUUCUCCCUGCAGUUUCCUGAAGCAAGACUCUCUGAAAGUUGAAGCUCAGUUUCCCUCUGAGCCUCCUGUCAGUGCCCAACUUCCACCUCCAAUUGCUGCCCCAGCAGCACCCCCUCUACCAGUAGAGAACUUAACCCCUGGGGUUAAUUUCAGAAGGCAGCCCAGUAUAGCAAACAGAGACAACAGGAGCAAGGAGCUCCUUGCCCGCCACAAAAGUGCACCCAUUCCUAAAGAGGAUGCAAACAUACCUCUUGUCACCCCCUCCUUACUUCAGAUGGUUCGCCUCAGAUCAGUCAACAUGGUUGAAGAUCAGGUGAAAGCUCCCUCUGAGGACAAGUCAACCAAUGAGGGAGCUCCAGUUCAGGAACAUUGCCCAGUCUCAAUGCCAGGACCUCAUAACACCCCACAAAAGCCCAUCCGCAAGUCCCUGUCUCUAAAAUCUCCACCUCAGACAGUGAAAGCAUCAUCUGUGACACUAAACACCCCUUCCAUGCGCUUACAAGAAGCCAUACGUAUGAAAACUGCAGCAAUGUCUUCAAGAGAUGGUCUCCCAUCCCGACUCGGUAUGAGAUCAUCCGCGUACAGUUGCGUCAGUGAACCAGGGGCUCUGUCCUUGAAAUCACCUGAAGGAUCUGACAUGCACAAGUCCCCAGCCUCUACCGCCAGCUUUAUCUUCUCUAGGAGCACAAAAAAGGUUGUCAUAGAGACUGCGGCUGCCUCCUCUCCUGAAGCUCAAGCAAGUCUGAAGCAAAACUUGGCGGCUGAACUCAUGCAGUUUUCUGACCAAUCAAAUGCUGCUGCUUUCUCCAAUGGCGGGGUGAAGUCUGACAGAGUUCCUCCACCAGUAGCUAGAAAACCAUCCCACAGCAGCAUCAGUCCUUCUCAGAGUCUUCCUGCUUGUUCAACAAAGAUGGAUUUCAGUGUUGAUGGAAACGGCGCGAUUGGAGCAGUACAACAUACGAGGGCAGUAACACCUCCUGAGACAACAACUACAAGAGUGACAGCGGACACAAUUGAAACACUGUUUUGAAAGAGCUUUGUGGUGAUUCACAAAGGACAAAGCUCAUGAAAGAAGAACAAGCAAAGACCACAAACAAGUAAAAGGACAACAUAUUGCAAAGACUGACAUUAAUUAAUGAGACACUGAACUCAACUAUCUGAGUGUUGUGUGUUAAGUCUUCUCCAAAAGCCUUAGCCUGUAAUGGCCUUCCUACAUAUUUAUGCAAAAAAACAUGUAGCUCCCACUUUCUAAUGAUAGCUUUAUUCUGGAGUAUUUUUCUAAGCUAUAGUUUCUCUCUUAUUAAGGCCCCUCAGGAUGAAAUGGUGUACAUUGGCUGAACUGUAAAUAUUUGGCUUGUAACAGAUCGCCUCCCAGAGGCCGAAUUAGGUAGUGGUCACUGCAGCUCAGAGAAUAAGGAUACAUCUUAGCAAAGCAUUUCUGUACAGAGAUUUAUUGUCUGUUAGGUCUUUUUUCCCCCCUCUUGUAAUAUAAUGCAUAAUUCUCAUGGGGAUUCAUGCAGUUGUCAGCAAAUGCUGACAACCACAUCCACUACAGAACUAAUCAGCAUUUUAUCACUUUCUUUGCUUAGAGAUCUGAGUAAAAACAAAUUGUCAUACUCAUUUUCAGUCCUGCUUUUCACUGUGUGGAUAGAUAUAUGUGAAAUAGUAGUUGAAAAAAAGGGAUGCUGCAUAUUCACAAGAGGAAGAUGUCAGUUUUUUCAGUUAGGACAGAGGCACUUUUGUAAAGCUACAGAUGAUAAACCGAUAAGACUUACGAAAAGAUUGCAGCAGCUGUUAAAAUGUCAAUUAGAUGCUUCUACGGAAUUUCUGUUUCUUGGGUAUAGUAAAGCUCAACCCAACACAUUCUGAGAAAUAUUUUUUAAAAACCAAUAACACAAGUAUCCUAUUUAUUUAUGUGUGGUUGUUUCCACUAGUAGCACUGUCAAUCACCUUUUCCUACCAAAUAUGAAAUAUUUAAGAAUCUAUUUCAUCUAAAACCACUUUUAGGGCUGUGAAGAUUGGCCCUGGAUGAUUGAUACACUGGAGUAGACUUAGUUUGAGGUCAGUUUUUUUUAUUAAAUGUGAAUUGAUCUCUCUUUCUCCAUAUCUAAAUCUUUGGCCCAAGUCUGUCUGGUGGAAAAUCCAGCUCAUCACUAUUUGCACAAAAUGCUUUCCCCAGCAAAAUCAUUGGUGAGUGAAUUAUACUGACUCUUCAUGGGUCAGAAAUAGACAUUUUGAUGAUGAUAAAGAAUACGUAUGUACAGUUAUUACUUCUAUAAAUAAAAUUUAAGUGUAUUAAAAAUGCUGUUUGCUUCAUUCAUUCUUUCCAGAUGUAGUAAACAUCUAGUUGCCAAAUGCUGUUACUUACCAAUUGUUUUACGUGUUUCUAUCAACCAACACAAAAAUAUUUUAUUCCUGCAGACCACAGAAUUUAUCCAGCGUUUAUUUCAUAUUAGAGAUGAUGCAUUAUUUGAUUAUGACAGUUAAUGUUUGAAUAUUGAUUUCUGUACAACACUAUGUCCCAAUGCAACCGUCCUAUACUACAAGGCCUAUUGAUCCUUAUACACAUCGAAUGUCUGUCCAGGAAACCAUUGUGAUGAAAUUUGGCACAUUGGCUACCACUGACAUUUACUGUGAAGGCAAACAACAGUGUGAUUUUAACCAGGAAAAGUACUGACACAUUCAUUCCCUUUUUAAGACACCUGAGAUAUUACUUAUCAGUUA